AAUUUUGUUCACCAUCUGCCCAAAGCAGGCAAGCAAACCGAUCCGAAGCAGUUAGAAGUAAGGAAAAAAAACGCAUCGCGCAGAGGUUUCCGAAUAAUUUUCGUUCGGUUGAAGUAGAAGAAACUUGAAUUGAUAGUGAGAGUGAGAGCGGAUUGAAAAUCGUCGUGUAGUGUUGGUGGUGCGGAAAAAACGCGAAGAAAAUUCGAAAUCGCGUGCAAAUUAGGUGUGAAAAUUUUCGUGGAGGCAUUUUUUCCAACGUCACAUCGAAGGAACGUAACGUACAUUCCGGGAACGUAAGGGGAAUCCGCGGAUCAUAGUCGUGUCGAGUGGAGGAAGCCCGAUUUUUCGGGAUUUCGGAAGAAGGAGAAACCAAAGGACGAAAACGAAGAACCAGAGCUUGUGAACAUCUCUUCGCACACACACCCGAAAAAAAAGUCAAAAACUUUGUGAUACCGAGCGGGUUGGCCGCUCUUGAGUACGCUUGUUAGAAGAAGGAGGAACGUUAGCACCUGGAAUCGAAGGCAGCUACCGCAGGGACAUCAAAAAUGGAUAAAAGGAAGCUAUCCACGGCCGGCGACACAUUGUACCAAACUCUAGGUUUGCCAAAGACCGCCACAGCAGACGACAUCAAGAAGACAUACAGGAAGCUUGCCCUCAAAUAUCACCCCGAUAAGAACCCCAACAAUCCCGAUGCAGCCGAUAAGUUCAAAGAGGUAAACCGAGCGCAUUCCAUUCUCAGUGACCUGUCGAAGCGGAACAUCUACGACAACUACGGUUCCCUCGGGCUGUACAUUGCCGAGCAGUUCGGCGAAGAGAAUGUCAACGCAUACUUCAUGGUCACGUCACCGACGUGUAAGGCACUCUUCCUGAUUUGCGGUAUCAUUACCGGGUGCUAUUGUUGUUGCUGUUGCUGCUGUUGCUGUAACUUCUGCUGCGGCAAGUACAAACCGCCGCACCCGGCGGACCAGUCCGGAGACUAUCAUCACCUUCAUAGAGACGCUGCCAACGCCGGUGAAGGAGGAACAGUUACCGAUCAGCCCACGCGAAGAGAGGACAUUAUCGAUGUGGAUGACAAUGGCGGUGGUCCGGUGACGUCACAGCCAAUGGCUGGCCAGGGGCAAGGCGCCGGAAUGCCAGUGUUCGCAAUGCCACCGCCGUCUUCGAAUCCGACCAACCCAUUCACGGGAUCGGCGGCAACCGAGAGCACAGGCCUCAACAGCGGCAACCAACCGGUCUACACGCCAGGUAUGAAGUAAGUGUUAUCGCCAUUGUUUGAAGUAUAUCUUUACCUUUAGUGAGAAGAAAGAAAUACCACAAAAGCAAACAAACAAACAAUAACCAAACGCUGCUGGAUUUUGUGAAGCUGCGAGCGUCAGCGGCGAUACCAGCGUGCUCAGAAGAAAAAAAAGAAACACAUAACCAUAAAACUAGUUGUGUUUCGGGACUUUGUGUGCGAACAGUUAGAGAAUCAGCGGGGCGACAGAAAUCAAAAACCAAUACCAUAAACUUUAAAAAUUCAAAAUACAAACUUUGCAGCAGAGCAAACAAAAACUUCGAAGCAACACAGCCCAAUUAUAAAUAUUCAAAUAUCGCCUACGAUACACCAAUACAAAAACACGAUCACUCUCUCACCCUCACGGAAUCAAACGGUGGUGCACGGUCACACACACAUACACAUACAUAAACACUCACGCAAGGACGUGAGGAGCAGUAUCAUAAUCGACAGGUAUUAGAAAAACCAGAAAGUAACGUUUUCCUCAUUACAAAUAAAUACACAUAUAUAUCUAUAUUACGUGUUACUAUUUCGAUUUGCAACGGAAACUGAUUACGCAAAGCAUAAAAA